AUGGAUCAGGGGAGGUCGGAUUCGAGAGCCCGAGCAACACCGUCCGAGGAAUCAUCUCUUGAUCUCGAGAAAUAUUGCAGCCACCAAUGUCACGGGCCCUCUUUCAGCCCGCAACCUAUUCAACCCCAUGCUUCGGGUGCACAACACUGUGAGAGUAGUGCUGCGUAUUUUUCAUGGCCCUGCAGGAUAAAAGACGAUGCUGAGGAGCGGGCGAACUAUUUUGCCAACCUUCAGAAAGGGGUCUUGCCCGAGACUCUUGGCCAGCUGCCAGAGGGCCAGCGGGCGAAUUCUUUGCUCGAGGUCAUGACGAUUAGGACGUUUCACAGCAAGAUACUGCGUUGUUAUAGCCUCGGCACGGCCGUUGGGUUUCGUAUCCGGCGUGGUGUGCUGACGGAUAUACCAGCAAUACUGGUGUUUGUGUCGAGGAAAGUUCACAAGCAGUGGCUUAGCCCGAUUCAAUGCCUGCCGACUGCUUUAGAGGGGCCAGGAGGUGUAUGGUGUGAUGUUGAUGUGGUGGAAUUUUCAUAUUUUGGUGCACCAGAGCCUGCACCCAAGGAGCAGUUAUACACUGAGAUUGUUGAUGACCUUCGUGGCAGUGAUCCAUGUAUUGGUUCCGGUUCUCAGGUUGCAAAUCAAGAAACCUAUGGGACACUGGGUGCAAUCGUGAGAAGCCAAACUGGUAGCCGACAGAUUGGUUUUCUCACAAAUCGGCAUGUCGCUGUUGAUUUGGAUUAUCCGAACCAAAAGAUGUUUCAUCCUUUGCCACCAACACUUGGACCCGGUGUUUAUCUUGGCUCAGUCGAAAGAGCCACUUCUUUUAUCAGAGACGAUCUCUGGUUCGGUAUAUUUGCUGGCAUUAAUCCAGAGACAUUCGUGAGAGCAGACGGUGCCUUCAUCCCAUUCGCUGACGAUUUCGACAUGACAGCCGUGACCACAUCCAUCAAGGGCAUAGGGGAGAUAGGGGACGUCAAGACCAUAGACCUGCAGUCCCCGAUCAACUCUCUAAUCGGGAAACAAGUUAUGAAGGUUGGGAGAAGCUCCGGCCUCACCACCGGCACCAUCCUGGCUUACGCUCUCGAGUAUAAUGACGAGAAGGGAAUUUGCUACCUUACUGAUUUUCUCGUCGUGGGUGAGAACCAGCAGACAUUUGAUCUCGAGGGUGACAGUGGGAGUCUUAUAGUAUUAAAGGGCGAAAAUGGGGAAAAGCCACGGCCUGUCGGGAUUAUUUGGGGUGGGACCGCUAAUAGGGGCCGUCUCAAGCUAAGAGUGGGCCAGCCCCCGGUAAACUGGACGAGUGGUGUUGACCUUGGCCGUCUGCUGAAUUUUCUCGAGCUUGACUUGAUCAACUCUGAUGAGGCCCUGAGAGUUGCGGUACAAGAACAAAGGGCGGCUUCAAUGACAGUGGUGGGGUCCAGCGCGGGAGACUCCUCGCCGCCCGACUUGAUGCUCCCCAAGGACAAGUCCGAGCCUUUGGGCCUUAACAUCCAGCAAAUCCCACUUGAGGACCGUGCAUGCGGGCCUGACAUAAACUCUUCCCCUGCCGAAGGCCCGUUGGGCCCUUGUCUGGAGGAGCACCAGUUCAUCACCAGCUUCAACAGGAAGCCCAUCGAUACGUUGGAAACCGAGAAUCUGUCGGUGUUGAGGAAUGAUGGUGGUGAGGACCUUAGUUUUUCGCUGCAGUUGGGGGAAAACGAGCCCAAGAGAAGGAAAUCCGAGCCAAAGGGGAGUUAA